AUGGUUCGCUACCACCCUCUCCUCGUGUGCUUCUGUCUCAUUUCCACGUCCCUGGGACUCGGGGCAGCUCAGAGCCCCGCGAGGUUAUUAGUUCAUGUGGGAGCUGUCCUCGAUGAGGGAACCUUUCUGGGGAAGAUGUGCCGGGCCAGCAUCUUCGUGGCCGUGGAGGAUUUCUACGCCGUGCACGGCAACUACACCACCAGACUGGUGAUCCACGUCAGGGAUUCCGGAGGAGAUGUGGCUGGUGCGGCGUGGGUAGGUGCGUACUCACAUCCAUCUCCGCUCUUCUCUCAUUUCGGAGAUUCUACUGCAGACCAGGGCUUGCGGAUGACGGAGCCCGGUUAAUGAUCAUAUAUGGGUUUUAUUUCUUGUUACCUGUGAGCUGGGCGAAUAGUAGGAGUACUCAUCAGUAUUUCCUUGCUCCCCGGAUUACCGCAGCUCAGGAUUUGCUGAGAGAUGCUCGGGUGCAGGCCAUUCUGGGGCCCCAGACGUCGGCUCAAGCCGAGCUCGUGGCUGACUUCGGACAGAAGGCCGAGGUACCCAUCAUCUCUUUCUCAGCCACGAGCCCCUCCGUCACGCCCGCUGAAAAGCCCUACUUCAUCCGGGCGGCAUUCGAUGACAAAGCCCAGGUGGCUGCUAUCUCCUCCGUCCUCGGCCACUUUAGAUUCAGAGAGGUGGUUCCGAUAUGCGAUGGCACAAGUCCGGGGGACUCGUGGGUGGCCCAUCUCGUCGACGCGCUUCGUGGAGAAGGAAUUCGGGUUCCGUUCCAGAGCUCGAUCUCCCCUCGCCACACCGACGAACAGAUUGCGGAGGAGCUCCGCCGGCUGAUCCGCGAGAGAGCCCACGUGUUCGUCGUGCACCUGACGGCGUUGCUCGGGUCCCGUCUGUUCCUUCAGGCGAGAGAUCUGGGGCUCAUGGGAGAGGGGCACGUCUGGAUUGUGACGGACGCGCUCGCGAAUUUCCUGCACCUGCUCGACCCUCCGGUGGUCCACGCCAUGCGGGGCGUCCUGGGCGUGAGGCCUUCCAUCCCCGACGUGAAUGAGCUCCGCAAUCUGACGACUCGUCUUGAACUGAAGCUUCGCGAGGAGAAUCCGGAGGUUGAGCUCGGAAGCGUGAACAUCUUCGGGCUGUGGGCUUACGAUGCGGCCUGGGCGCUGGCGAGGGCGGCAGAGAUGGCGGUUUCCGGGGAGGAAAUCUCCGGCAAUUGGAGCGGGGCCUUCAGAAGGAAGCUUGCCAGGGCGAUCUCCACCGACAGCUUCCAUGGGAAGUCGGGGGAGUUCCGCAUGUCGGGCAGGGAGCUGAGACCCUCGUCGUUCCAGGUACUCAACGUGGUCGGGGAGAAACCGAGGGUCGUAGGCGUCUGGUGGCCGAACAGCAACCGGACGUCUAUCUACUCGCCGGUGGCCGGCGAAGAGGAGAUUUCGUGGCCAGGGGAUUCGAGAUCCGCUUCCAGGGGUUGGGCGAUGCUGGCCGGUGGGAGGAAGCUGAGAAUCCUAGUCCCCGACAAGGUCAGCUUCAAGGGACUGCUCAACGUGGAAUACGAUCCUACUGGGGGCUCAAGCCCGAGAAUCUCCGGAUUCUGCAUCGACGUAUUUAACGCUGUGAUGAGGAGGGUCCAUUACAAAGUAGAUUAUGAGUAUAUAUCAUCGACGACGACCGGGGUCCAUUGAGUACGGUCGAAAACUGGAGUUCACGGGGCUACGACGACCUCGUAAACUCGGUUUUCACCAAGGUAAAGCUCAUCGAGGAAGGCUGCUUCUUUUCUUUUUCUUCCUUCUUCUAUCAUCGGUUAAUUAUGAAUAUUUAUCGGUACUGUUUUCUUACGAUACAAAAAUACUCAACAAGGUCAACAUAUUUUGUGUUGAACAGGAAUUUGAUGCCGUCGUGGGGGACACGACCAUAAUGGCCAAUCGGUCCGACAGAGUAAACUUCACACUACCCUACACCGAGACGGGGAUAUGGAUGCUUGUCCGAACCAGGCCGAAUGAGAGCGUCAACGGGUGGAUAUUCCUGGAUCCGCUGGAGACGGAUCUCUGGGUGGGCAGCUUGGCCUUCUUCUUCUUCACCGGCUUCGCAGUGUGGGCGAUCGAGCAGCGGAUCAACUCGGAGUUCAGGGGCCCUCCCCAACAACAGUUCGGCACCGCCGUCUACUUCGUCUUCUCAACCCUCGUCUUCUCUCACAGUUAAGUCGGAGGAUACCCACCCUCCUGAACCUAUCCCUUCUGUAACUUUCGGGAUGGUGACUCGAUUAAGCGCCGCCUUCCCCGUCUGUUCAUCUUCCAGGGGAGAGGCUGAGGAGUAACUUAUCUCGGCUCGUGGUGAUGGUGUGGGUGUUCGUCGUGCUCAUCUUCGUGUCGACCUACACUGCGAGCUUGGCGUCGAUGCUCACGGCGCAACGGCUUCAGCCCUCCACGUUGGAGGGCCUCCGCAUAAAUGGCGAGUUUGUUGGUUACCAAACAGGCUCUUUUGUGGAGGGCCUCUUUGGGCAACUGAACUUCGACCCAUCUAAGCUGAGGGCGUACGGGUCUCCAGAGGAAUACGAGGAUGCCCUCUCGAAAGGAAGCCGCAAUGGCGGAGUGUCGGCCAUCUUCGACGAGAUGCCGUACCUCAGGAUCUUCCUCGGCAAUCGAUGCAGCGAGUACAGCGUCUUCGGGCCUGUAGUCAACACCAAAGGCUUCGGAUUUGUGAGCCCCGAUCCACCUCAUCAUCUCGCAGCCAUCUGACUCCCGGGGUUCUUGCGCCGUUCUGACCUCCUAUCCUGUCGGAAAACCGCAGGUGUUUUCCAAGGGCUCUGGUCUCGCGGCCGACGCGUCGAGGGCCAUUCUGGAGGCCACGGAGAGUGGGUUGAUGGCGCAGCUGGAGAAGAAGUGGUUCGGGGAUGAAAUCUCCUGCAGGCUCAAGAACAGUGUCGCCGAGUUCCACAGGCUGAGCUUCAAGAGCUUUUCGGGCCUCUUCAUCGUGAGCGGCGCCGUUUCGGCGGCGGCCGUCUUCGUCUUUCUCGGCAGGUACGUCUGCAGGAACUGGGACGAGCUGAGGACCCUGUCCUCCGGGAGGCCCUUUCCGAAGAGAGUCGUCGCGUGGGCGAGGCACUACGUCCGGAUGGAGCCCACCGCCGUCUCCGGGGUGGACGAGCCCGCGGUGCUGGGUCGCAGUGGCGCUGCCGUGGCGCCGGCGGAGGAAGCUGCCUACCCCGCGCCGGCCGCUUCAGCCACCAGGGUUCACCCGGGAGCUUCCGGGUCCUCUACUAAUGGAGGCUGCGCAGUCGGAAGGGAGGAUAUCCGCUCCUCGUCAACUGACGAGCCUUCUUCCAGCGCGACGCCUGCGAGGGGACCUCCCUCUACGGAGCUCACACUCAGAAAUGGGCGAGGAUGA